AUGAAGAUGGAGGCAGUAGGUAAAGCAGAAGAACUUGUUGAUUCAGAAGUUCCACCGAAGACUUCUGAAAAGCAAGAAACUAUUCCCGAUGAGGAUGGACCUAUAGGACUUGUGACACAAACUGAAGAAGACAACAUGCCCACUGCAGCAGACUCUGUGGUGCUCUCUUCCAUGCCUUGCUUACUGAUGGAACUGAGGCGAGACUCCUCAGAGUCUCAGCUAGCAUCUACGGAGAGUGAUAAGCCAACUGGUGGUCAAGCUUAUGAGAGUGACUCUUCUAAUCACUGCAUGCUUUCUCCUUCUUCCAGUGGGCAUUUGGCUGACUCAGAUACAUUGUCUUCUGCAGAAGAAAAUGAGCCCUGUCAGGCUGAAGCUGUUGUGGAGGGAGACCCUUCUGCAGUGCCUGGGGCUGCAGCUGGGAGGAAAUCCAGGAGAUCCAGGUCUGAAAGUGAAACUUCAGCAAUGGCUGCCAAGAAAAACCGACAGUCUAGCGAUAAGCAGAAUGGUCGAGCUACCAAGGUAAAGGGUCAUCGAAGCCAAAAGCACAAAGAGAGAAUCCGGCUCCUGAGACAGAAGCGGGAGGCAGCUGCGCGCAAGAAGUACAACCUGCUGCAGGACAGCAGUACCAGCGAUAGUGACCUGACGUGUGACUCGAGCACGAGCUCAUCAGAUGAUGAUGAAGAGGUUUCAGGGAGCAGCAAGACAAUCACUGCGGAGAUACCAGAUGGACCCCCCGUUUUGGCUCACUACGAUCUGUCGGACACAAACUCAGACCCGGAAGUGGUAAAUGUGGACAAUCUCUUGGCAGCUGCAGUAGUUCAAGAGCACAAUAAUUCUUUAGGAAAUCAAGACUCAGGAUCUACCUGGCGAACCAGAGGGCUACUAGAUGAAAUGAGUGCUGAUACAGGUCGUUUGGAUCCAGGCUUCCUUGCAGGUGACAAAAACUCUUCUGCUAAUGUCCAGGCCAAUGAAGAAAUUAAUAUCGCCUCUUCUGAUAGUGAAGUAGAGAUUGUUGGAGUUCAGGAACAUGCCAGGUGUGUGCAUCCCAGGGGAGGUGUGAUUCAGAGUGUGUCUUCCUGGAAGCACGGCGCACAGUACAUUAGCGCUCAGCAAACACAGUCAUGGACAGCAGUGACUCCCCAGCAGAACUGGUCUUCACCCCCAGAAGUAGUAGACCUCACUCUGGAUGAGGAUACCAGGCGCAAAUACUUGCUGUGA